AUGUCCGCGGAUGCUGUUUGUACUUCAGCCCCAAAAUACAACAAGUUACCAGGAGAGCAAAGUGUCGAGAGCUGUGCUUGCACAUUCAUUCGUCCCCCGGACUGUUUGCUUCCUGGAAAUGUAGAGUUAACCAACUACCGGUUCAUAUUUUCUCAUCAGCUGAAACAUGGCGACGCCAGUUAUUAUCACACUCUCCCGGCAUUCGUCGGACUGACACACAAAUUAUUUGUGUUGCAAGUGCCUCUCGGUGUCAUCCAGAGCAUUGAGCAAAAACACACAGUGCAAGCAGCUUCCAAGGGAAUUGGACUCUAUAUUGUCUGUAAAGAUUUGCGGAAUGUCAAACUGCUGUUAACAGACUUCGCGCGUGCCACAACAUUCUAUGAAAAGCUGAAGGCAUAUGCAUUUCCCAGCAUAUCAAAACAACCACUUUUCGCCUAUACUUUUGGCGAGCGGUGUAUUGCAGAGAAUGUGUUUCCUUUUAAUGGAUGGGAAGUGUACACGCCGGAAGAGGAAUAUCACCGGCAGAACAUAUUUACAAAUGGAUGGAAACUAACAAAGAUUAAUGUGGACUAUCGUUUAUCGGAUACGUAUCCGGCCUUGCUUGCCGUACCGUGGGAAGUCACAGAUGAAUUGCUCAUGGCCUGCGCACCACACCGUAGUCGAGGUCGCGUACCCGUUCUCAGUUGGCUCCAUCCUGAGAGCAAGGCAAGUUUGACACGGGCCAGUCAACCACAGGUUGGGAUGCAAGGACGUCGCAGCGCAGCUGACGAAGAAUUGGUCCGUCUUAUUCGGACGGCUAAUGCGAAUGCGAACAAUUUGCUCAUUUUUGACGCUAGACCACAGAUUAAUGUGGACUAUCGUUUAUCGGAUACGUAUCCGGCCUUGCUUGCCGUACCGUGGGAAGUCACAGAUGAAUUGCUCAUGGCCUGCGCACCACACCGUAGUCGAGGUCGCGUACCCGUUCUCAGUUGGCUCCAUCCUGAGAGCAAGGCAAGUUUGACACGGGCCAGUCAACCACAGGUUGGGAUGCAAGGACGUCGCAGCGCAGCUGACGAAGAAUUGGUCCGUCUUAUUCGGACGGCUAAUGCGAAUGCGAACAAUUUGCUCAUUUUUGACGCUAGACCACAGAUGAAUGCCGUGGCCAACAAGGGUCGUGGCGGUGGCGUGGAAAAUCCCACCUACUACGAGAAUGUGCAGUACGUGUUUCUCAACAUUCAAAACAUUCACGCAAUGCGGGCCUCUUUGACCAAUGUGUAUGAGGCAUGUUACCCGAUGCCCAAGGAAGGCAACUGGUUCAAAGCUUUGGCAGACUCCAAGUGGUUGUAUCACAUCAAACAGAUCAUAUUUGCGGCAACCAGUGUGGCUGACAAGAUCGAGAAUCACAAAUCCUCUGUCUUGGUCCACUGCUCUGACGGAUGGGAUCGGACGGCUCAAGUUACAUCACUGGCAAUGCUCAUGCUAGAUCCAUUCUACCGAACGCUGCGUGGGUUUGAAGUACUCAUAGAGAAGGAAUGGUGCUCGUUCGGACAUAAGUUCGCCCAACGUACCGGUGGGCCCGCUGACGGAGGUGUUGUGAUGCCCUCGAAUGCCGGUAUGCCACCUCUUCCUCCGAACGGCAGUUCUAUCAGUCCAAAACCGUCGAGUGCGGACGAGCGUUCUCCAGUCUUUCUUCAAUUUAUUGAUUGUGUGUGGCAAAUGACGCAACAGUUUCCUCAUUCGUUCGAAUUUAACGAACGAUUUCUUAUCACCAUAAUGGACGAAGUUUACGCGGCACGAUUUGGAACGUUCCUCUUCAACUGUGAAAUGCAAGCUCGGGAUCAUGGUGUUCGUGAACGAACCGUUUCUCUCUGGUCUUAUAUGAAUUCAGACUUGAAAAGCUAUCAGAAUCCAAUGUACACGCCAGCCGAAGUCUCUGGUCAUCGCAUCAUAUUUCCGCAACAUUCGCUCGUACACUUACAGUUUUGGAGUGGCUAUUAUGUGCGAUGGCAUCCAAUUAUGCGGUCACAGGAUCCCGUGUUGCGACGCGAUCGUGCGCUUGUGGAUGUGAUGAAACGAUUCCGUGAGUUGACUAUUGCUGCUCAACGCACAGCUGCCGGAGACAUCGCGGAGCCAGCGGCAAACCAGCCAACCACCGGGGCUGGCCGUACAGUUCGUCAGACAGCUGUAGCCACAGGCAAUACAGAGUUCUAGAACUUUGACCCGCUCGAGAACGCUCCCCCUAUCACUCAGUAUUUCGUGAUUGCUUUUUGUUUCGCGGUUUCCAUGAUAAUUUUGAUAAAUCCCCAUAGUUGGGUAUUCUGCACGUUGCGAUGUGGAGAAAGUAAUUUCUGUAAAAGAUGGUCUAUUUGGCCGAAGCGCACCUCUUCCAGAAUAGGCGC